GCUUGGCCGUAAUAAAAGGGGGAGAGGUGGGUGGGAAAGCUCGAGGUCUUUUUGGAUCUCUUCGCCAAGGUCCUCUGCGUCUUUCUCUCUCUUGCUUCACCCCUUUUACUGUUCCUGAUCUGGUGGAAUCAUGCUUCCCGUGGAGCUCUGAGCCUCUGGCCGGUCUUCUCUUGGAGAUUCGACUUCGAUCUGCAAGCCUCAAUGAGCUCAACAAUUUCAACAAGGAACAUUAAUCCACCAAUGAGGAUUGCCUCAUUGGAACCACCACAGCCAUGGCUAUCUUCAGCUACUAGUCAAAUGGACCCAACUGACAGUGAUGAUAGUGAUCAAAGUGAGCUGCUAUCAGUGACUUGGAAUCAAGACUAUGGAUGCUUUUCAGUUGGAACAAGCAAUGGUUUCAGGAUUUAUAACUGCAACACUUUCAAAGAAACCUUUAGGAGAGAUUUGAAAAGUGGGGGCUUUGGCAUUGUUGAAAUGUUUUUUCGUUCCAAUAUCCUAGCUCUCGUAGGCAGUGGUUCCAAUACACAAUAUCCACCUAACAAAGUAGUGAUCUGGGAUGAUCAUCAGAGUCGUUGCAUUGGCGAAUUUACAUAUAGAUCUGAUGUCCGAGGAGUGAAACUAAGACGAGAUCGUAUUGUCAUAGUUCUUGAGCAUAAGAUUUAUGUAUAUGAUUUCACAGACCUGAAGCUACUUCAUCAAAUAGAGACUCUAUCUAAUCCUAAAGGACUUUGUUGUCUCUCACAUCAUUCCAGCACCUCUGUGUUGGCAUACCCUGGUUUGCAUCGGGGAGAUGUCCGAGUUGAACAUUUUGGUUUGAAGAUGACAAAAUCUUUUAGUGCUCAUGAUUCUCAGAUAUCUUGUAUGACUCUUACCUUGGAUGGGCUACUUCUAGCCACUGCAAGCACAAAAGGCACAUUGAUCAGAAUAUUUAACACCAUGGAUGGUACACAACUGCAAGAGGUACGCAGAGGACUAGAUAGAGCUGAAAUAUAUAGCAUUGCCCUUUCUCCAAAUGUACAGUGGCUGGUUGUUUCAAGUGACAAAGGAACUAUUCAUGUGUUUAGUCUUCGAGUUAGAGUGGCUGGAGAAGAUGCUUCCACCCAACUUGCAUAUGCUCAAGCUCCAGGAAUUGCUCAUCAGAACUCUUCUAGUAGUCUCAAUGCCCUUGUAUCUACAAACACUGGAACGAAUACCAACUCAUCACUGCAUUUCAUGAGAGGUGUCUUGCCUAAGUAUUUCAGUUCUGAAUGGUCUUUUGCUCAGUUUCACUUGCCAGAGGUUACUCGUUAUAUUGCUGCAUUUGGAUCACAAAACUCAGUUAUGAUUGUUGGCAUGGAUGGCAGCUUCUGUAGGUGCAGCUUCGACUUAGUGAAUGGUGGCCAGAUGUUACAGAAGGAAUACGUGCGGUUUUUGGAAACUGAUUCCCACCGGCUAAAGUCAACAGCAAACUGAUCUUUUCUACAACAUACACUUAAAUAUCAUCUAAUGGCUGCCUGUGUUGUCCAAAAUAUGCUGUAUCUUCCAACUUUGUAAAUCCUAUAAAAAGCAUCUGCAUAAUGAUGUGUGCAGGUAUCGAUUUACUUUCACUCUUUAGUACCCAUAUAACCUGUAAAAAAGAAAUCCCACUUCUCAUCUUUGUACAGUUGUUGAAUUGUAGACCCAAAAAGUAUAUGGCCAUGUUUAAAAUUUGAUCUA